GGUAAAGUCCACGGUGGUAAGGGUAAGUCUUCAGAGGCUGCCAAGUCGUCCACAUCCCAUUCUGCCAGAGCUGGGUUGCAGUUCCCAGUUGGUAGAAUCAAGAGAUACUUGAAGCGUACCGCGCAGAACAAGAUAAGAGUGGGGUCCAAGUCAGCCAUCUACUUGACGGCCGUGUUGGAGUAUUUGACUGCCGAAGUGUUGGAAUUGGCUGGUAACGCUGCCAAGGACUUGAAGGUCAAGAGAAUCACGCCUAGACACUUGCAAUUGGCCAUCAGAGGUGAUGAAGAAUUGGAUAACUUGAUCAAGGCCACGAUCGCCUACGGUGGUGUUUUGCCUCACAUCAACAAGGCUUUGUUGUUGAAGGUAGAAAAGAAGAAACAGAAAUAA